UAACGGACCUCUCGCUUUAAUUAUAAACUUAUAGAUAUAUUGUUUCCAAGAGUAAAUCGUUCGGACCAAUUUUGUCUCCAUCGGUGGUGUUCCGAUGUCCGAUUACGCGAGCCUAUUAUCUAUGGCACAGGCUCGGUAGAUACAUACUUGUGGCAUCACAGGUGAGUUUAGAAUGCACCUGGCUGCUGCUGUCGUUCGAAAAUCGGAGUGUCGAAGUGACCCGCAACCUGCCAACCUGCCAGAGCAGAGAGCGGCUCGUGAAUGGUUGUGUACCUGUACAAGGUUGAGUUUGGGCAGUCAGUGGUACAUUUCACGUGAUAUGGACAGAAAUCACGUUGAGCAGACUGAUCAUGCAAACAAUUUAAACAAUAGUGAAGCAGAUGUUAAACUGGAAAGAGAUUUUUGCAGUCUGGUACAGCAGCCAGGCAUGGAUCAUAUCGGAGACAUCGAAGUAGUGCUCCCAUUUAACAGAGACGCUCGAGGCCCGCUUGGUUUGGGUUUAUCGUUAGAGCUGUGCGUCGUAUGCGGAGAUCGUGCAAGCGGCCGGCACUACGGUGCGAUAAGUUGCGAGGGAUGUAAAGGCUUCUUCAAACGGAGCAUUAGAAAGCAGCUCGGUUAUCAGUGCAGGGGUAGUAAAACGUGCGAAGUAACGAAGCAUCACAGAAAUCGUUGCCAAUAUUGUAGACUUCAGAAAUGCUUGGCAAUGGGAAUGCGCAGUGACUCUUGGGGUGUUGCAGCGGUACAGCACGAGAGGAAACCUGUUCUCGGGGACUCGGGGAGUGGAAAAGUCGGGAAUCGUAGUCCCAGGGUGAAGCCAGAACCACAACAAUCGGUCCCUGAGACACCGCUGACUUGGGAACAGCCAGAAAGUCCAAGUAUGGAAGAACAGAGCAACGACAGCGAUCUCAGCGACGUUUUGACCCUUGCCAGAGAGCGUUCUUUAAUAUCUCACGCCUUGGACAGUAUGGCCAGACUUAUUGGGGAGACCGUCAACGGCACUAAUGAAUCCGAGGAGGAAUGGACUGGCCAAUUAUUGUACGAAAAACACACGCAGUUUGAACUCAAAGCUCCUAGUCCGGCACCUGCUUAUCUUUCGGUACAUUACAUAUGUGAAAGCGCUGCUAGAUUGCUAUUUUUAUCUGUACACUGGGCCAGAGGUAUACCAGCAUUUCAAGCAUUACCCUCCGAAGUGCAGACGACACUGGUGCGCAGUUCUUGGGGUCAACUUUUCACCCUAGGUUUAGCGCAGUGUGCUCACACGUUGUCUCUUCCUAGUAUUUUAACGUCAAUUGUUAAUCAUCUUCAAGCCAGCAUAGCUCAGGAAAAAAUAACAGCUAGCAAAGUUAAACUCGUUACCGAACACAUAUGCCGCCUACAAGACUGCGUCAAUUCUCUUCACAAGCUCCAAGUUGACGCGACGGAAUUCGCCUACUUGAAAGCCCUCACUCUUUUCAGCGCCGAUAACGUGAUGUCUGGAGUUUGGCGUAAGAAAGUCGAGGUCCUGCAAGAGGCUGCCUGGAAUGAGCUGCAGCGGUGUGUCGGAGCCGAAAGAUUACCCCGUCUCCUAAUGAGGCUUCCACCGUUGCGAUCCAUCGACCCACGAGUACUCGAGGAUCUUUUUUUUGCUGGUCUUAUUGGCAGGGUAAGCGUGGCCAGCGUAGUGCCUUACAUUCUUACGAUGCCAGACUGUAAAACUGAGCCCGAGAACCACAUGGGAUGACCAAGUUCAAUUUGCUUCUGUGUAGUUGUUUCAAGUAUUUGCGAUACUACAAGACCAUGUGUUACAUAAACUUUGGCCAAGAUCAGGUGAAAGUGGUUCGUAAAUUUUGGAAAAUCUAACGUAUUAUGUUCUUAUAAAAUCACGAGAACUUUGAAGAAAAUGUUUCGCUAUGUUGUUAAGAUUGUAGUCAUGCGGGUUUUGCUAUAAAAUUAUGGUCAGCUAUAAAUAAGAAAGGAUAUGGCGAGAAAUAAAAGUUUAUUGGCCUGUAAUUUCAACCAGCAUAUAGUAGGCAUAUUCUAAACAAGGACAUGGAAAUGAUUUCGUGGAACAGAGUUUCCUAUUAAAAAAUACAGUAUUUAUUUUUCUAACAGUUGGAGUAAAGUUUCGUUGUUUAUGAUCCAUAUGUUGAAUUAGGAUAAAAAAAAAUAAACAUAAUAACUGUAAUCCGUCAUCAGGGUUUGAAAUAAAAUAAGUAAGCUCUAAUCAGAUAUUGGAGAAAAAUAUAUAUGUAUACGGGAACAAAC